UCAAGAAAUUCAAUUUCUUCCUUCACAAAUCAUAGCAGUCAAUUAGGGUUUCAAAUUUCAUAAUCAAACAUUACAUAUAUAACCCCACCUCUCUCUCUCUCUCUCUAAAUUCUGAUUUCCCGGGAAAUUUUUCAACCCAAACAUCACAAGUCCGCUGUCUAAGUUUCCGAGAAAAGGAGAAUCAGCAAAAGGAGAAUAAAAAUUAUAUCUUCGUAAUAUCAAAGUAAUUAACUUUUACGCAUGGAAUUCAUUGGUUCAUUUGCCUGAAACGAGGUUUAGAGAGAGAGAAAAAUGGCCGAAGAAAUGCAGGAUUUUAUGAGGAAAGCUUACGAGGGCGAUGAAAUCGAUUUGGACUACGAGUUCGAUGCGCCUAAGUUCUACGAUUUCACUCAGCCCGAUUCCGAUUUGGAGGCCACUGAAGCCGAAGACUGGUUCCAAUUCGCCGGAAGUUAUCCACCUUCGCCGUUCAUUAUAAAAUUGUUGAUGAAUUGGCAAAAAGCCAUUCCUGUGGAACCUGUAAAAACCUCUGCUGAAUCCAAAGAUGUUGAAGGCAUUAGAGACAGUGAUUCAAAUACUUGCAUGGAAGAUGAGGUCUCUACAGCAGUAGAUGAGAAUAACAGAGAAUUUUCUAAUCACAUGGCUCAAGAUACUCAAAACCCUAAAACAAACUCCCCAGCCAAGUCACCGCCUAUAUCAAGGAUUUCAACUUUGAUGAAACCCACAGCAAGUCAGUUGGCCAAGCAAAAUCAUCGUCGAGAACAUCACUUGAACCUGUUAUCGAGGAGGUUUGGGAAGACGCUUGGGAAAGCUGAUGUUAAUUCACAGAAAUCUCCUUCUAGUGAUACCCAUUGUACUAAAAGACAGAAGUUGGAGGCUGGCUAUUUACGCAAGGUUGCUGAACUUAAGCAUCAACCGUUUUGGUUGCACAAGGUGCCAAUAAGG